GCUAGCGGCGUAGACAGGGCUCCAGAGCUCCAGAUCCGGGCCCCGGCCGCCGCCAGGGGCCCCGCCCGGUGCCCCUACCCCUCCCCGCGUCCCUCCUGCAGCCCAGCUUCUCCCGCAGUCGCCGCGAACCAGGCCGGCACCGCCGCCAUGAUGUGCGAGGUGAUGCCCACCAUCAGCGAGGAUGGCCGGCGGGGCUCGGCGCUGGGCCCGGACGAGGCGGGCGGCGAGCUGGAGCGCCUCAUGGUCACGAUGCUCACGGAGCGCGAGCGCCUGCUGGAGACGCUGAGAGAGGCGCAGGACGGGCUGGCGACGGCACAGCUACGACUGCGCGAGCUCGGCCACGAGAAGGACUCCCUGCAGCGGCAACUCAGUAUCGCUCUGCCUCAGGAGUUUGCUGCUCUGACGAAGGAGCUCAACUUAUGUCGGGAACAGCUUCUGGAGAGGGAGGAAGAGAUCGCAGAGCUGAAGGCAGAGCGCAACAACACCAGGCUCCUUCUGGAACACCUGGAGUGCCUGGUGUCCAGGCACGAGCGUUCCUUGCGAAUGACUGUGGUGAAACGCCAAGCCCAAUCCCCUGGAGGGGUCUCCUCUGAGGUGGAGGUGCUGAAGGCUCUAAAGUCCCUCUUUGAGCACCACAAGGCCCUGGAUGAGAAGGUCCGGGAAAGAUUGCGGAUGGCCCUUGAGAGGGUGGCAGUGCUGGAGGAGGAGCUGGAGCUGAGCAAUCAGGAGACUCUGAACCUUCGAGACCAGCUAUCUAGAAGACGGUCAGGGCUGGAGGAGCCAGGCAAGGAUGGGGAUGGACAGACCCUGGCCAACGGUCUGGGUCCUGUGGGAGACUCCAGCCGGCGCACCGCGGAGCUGGAGGAAGCCCUGGAGCGGCAGCGUGCGGAGGUGUGCCAGCUGCGGGAGCGCCUGGCAGUGCUGUGCCGCCAGAUGAGCCAGCUGGAGGAGGAGCUGGGCACUGCUCACCGCGAGCUGGGUAAGGCCGAGGAAGCUAACUCCAAGCUGCAGCGCGACCUCAAGGAGGCCCUGGCUCAGCGGGAGGAUAUGGAAGAACGCAUCACCACGCUUGAGAAGCGCUACCUGAGUGCCCAGCGUGAGGCCACGUCCCUACAUGAUGCCAACGACAAGCUGGAGAACGAAUUGGCCAGCAAAGAGUCGCUGUACCGACAGAGUGAAGAGAAGAGCCGUCAGCUGGCGGAGUGGUUGGAUGACGCCAAGCAGAAGCUGCAGCAGACCCUGCAGAAGGCCGAGACCUUGCCUGAGAUAGAGGCCCAGCUGGCGCAGCGCGUGGCCGCUCUCAACAAGGCUGAGGAACGCCAUGGGAACUUUGAGGAACGGCUCCGGCAGCUGGAGGCACAGCUGGAGGAGAAGAACCAGGAGCUGCAGCGGGCCCGGCAGAGGGAGAAGAUGAACGAUGACCACAAUAAACGACUGUCAGAGACGGUGGACAAGCUGCUGAGUGAAUCCAACGAACGAUUACAGCUUCACCUCAAGGAGCGCAUGGGGGCCCUGGAGGAGAAGAACUCACUGAGUGAGGAGAUCGCUAACAUGAAGAAGCUUCAAGAUGAGCUGCUGCUCAACAAGGAGCAGCUCUUGGCUGAGAUGGAGCGAAUGCAGAUGGAGAUUGACCAGCUUCGGGGGAGGCCACCCUCCUCCUACUCCAGGUCCCUCCCUGGCAGUGCCCUGGAGCUCCGUUACUCCCAAGCACCAACUUUACCUUCUGGUGCCCCUCUGGAUCCUUAUGGGGCUGGCAGUGGCCGGGCAGGCAAGAGGGGCCGCUGGUCGGGGGCCAAGGAUGAGUCUUCCAAGGAUUGGGACCGUUCUGCCCCUGCCGGGUCCAUCCCGCCCCCGUUCCCUGGAGAGCUAGACGGCUCGGAUGAGGAGGAGGCUGAGGGCAUGUUCGGGGCUGAGUUGCUGUCCCCCAGUGGGCAGGCUGAUGUGCAGACGCUGGCCAUCAUGCUUCAGGAGCAAUUGGAAGCCAUCAACAAGGAAAUCAAGCUAAUCCAAGAAGAGAAGGAGACCACAGAGCAGCGGGCAGAGGAGCUAGAGAGCCGGGUGUCCAGCUCUGGCCUUGACUCCCUGGGACGGUACCGCAGCAGCUGCUCACUGCCACCCUCACUCACCACCUCCACCCUUGCCAGCCCCUCGCCUCCCAGCUCCGGACAUUCCACCCCCCGCCUGGCACCCCCCAGUCCUGCCCGGGAGGGCACAGAUAAGACGAACCACGUCCCCAAGGAAGAAGCUGGUGUUCCACGAGGGGAGGGCCCAGCCAUUCCAGGAGACACCCCACCACCCACUCCUCGCUCGGCCCGCCUUGAGAGGAUGACCCAGGCUUUGGCACUGCAGGCAGGGUCCCUGGAAGAUGGGGCACCGCCCCGGGGAAGUGAGGGCACCCCAGAUUCCCUCCACAAAGCCCCUAAGAAGAAGAGCAUCAAGUCAUCCAUAGGUCGGCUCUUUGGCAAGAAAGAGAAGGGCCGGAUGGGACCCCCGGGCCGGGAAAGUGCUUCUCUGGCUGGGACACCCUCAGAUGAAACACUGGCCACUGACCCUCUGGGGCUAGCCAAGCUGACUGGCCCGGGAGAUAAGGACAGGAGGAAUAAGAGGAAACACGAACUUCUGGAAGAGGCCUGUCGCCAGGGCCUGCCUUUUGCUGCGUGGGAUGGCCCCACCGUGGUCUCCUGGCUGGAGCUCUGGGUGGGCAUGCCUGCGUGGUAUGUGGCCGCCUGCCGGGCCAAUGUCAAGAGCGGCGCCAUCAUGGCCAACCUGUCAGACACCGAGAUCCAGAGGGAAAUCGGCAUCAGCAACCCACUGCACAGACUCAAGCUGCGCCUCGCCAUUCAGGAGAUGGUGUCUCUCACCUCCCCCUCUGCUCCCGCCUCCUCCCGAACUCCCACAGGAAACGUGUGGAUGACACAUGAGGAGAUGGAGUCUCUGACGGCAGCUACAAAACCCGAGACCAAGGAGAUCAGCUGGGAGCAGAUCCUGGCAUAUGGCGACAUGAACCACGAGUGGGUGGGGAAUGACUGGCUGCCCAGCCUCGGGCUGCCCCAGUACCGAAGCUACUUCAUGGAGUCACUAGUUGAUGCUCGGAUGUUGGACCACCUGAACAAGAAGGAACUUCGAGGCCAGCUCAAGAUGGUGGACAGCUUCCACAGGGUUAGUCUGCACUAUGGUAUCAUGUGCCUGAAACGGCUCAACUAUGACCGGAAGGAUCUGGAGCGGAGAAGGGAAGAGAGCCAGACUCAGAUCAGAGACGUGAUGGUGUGGUCCAACGAACGGGUCAUGGGUUGGGUGUCCGGUCUUGGCCUGAAGGAAUUUGCUACGAACCUCACCGAGAGCGGGGUGCACGGUGCGCUGCUGGCUCUGGACGAGACCUUCGACUACUCCGACUUGGCCCUGCUUCUGCAGAUACCGACGCAGAACGCACAGGCCCGGCAACUGCUGGAGAAAGAAUUCAGCAACCUCAUCUCCCUAGGCACAGACCGAAGGCUGGACGAGGACAGUGCCAAGUCCUUCAGCCGCUCCCCAUCCUGGAGGAAGAUGUUCCGGGAGAAGGACCUCCGGGGUGUAACCCCCGAUUCGGCCGAGAUGUUACCCCCCAACUUUCGCUCAGCGGCAGCAGGAGCCCUAGGCUCCCCCGGGCUCCCACUCCGCAAGCUGCAGCCUGAAGGCCAGACUUCUGGGAGUUCACGGGCAGACGGUGUUUCGGUGCGGACUUACUCCUGCUAGUGCGCGCCUCAGGUGAGGACUCCGCCAGAGACUGUCAGGGCUCAGGGUGGUGCAGCGGGGACCCGGGAUGGCGUUCCAUGGACUGCCUGGCCUCCACGCAAGCGACCUCACUCCCACCCGGAUGAAGACCCUUCCGAAGGCCGGGCCGUUUUCCCUCCUUUCCAGUGUCUGGUCUAGAUGGCGGCGAGGGAGCUCACAGCGGGCUGCGCCGUCUACACAGCCCGGGGUCCGCGUUCCCGCCUCCCAGACGGACUGGGCCUGGACCAAACCACGGGAAAUGCACUGAGAAGGGGCAGAAGAGGACGGGAAGAACGCCCACCCCGGACUCCCGCCUCCCUUUUCUCUGCUUUGUAAUUGAUCGAUCCGUCGCGGAUGGGCGCCUGGCGCCACGGACAGGGGCGGGGCUUCUCUCUCGGGCCGCAUGCGGGGAGAGGCCACCCCUUCCCUUUCUAUUGCCCGGUCGCGGGGCCCAAGUCUUCCUUCUUCGUCCGCUCGGAGGGGAGGGGAGACUCGCUGCUACCAGCCUCGCCCCCCGUGCCCCGCUGCGUCUCGUCGCCAGUCCUCGGGGUCAUCUGCAAGCGGGGUCCCCUGUCCCUCCUCCCGUGUCUCGUGUCCCCCGGGGCCUCCCCGCCCCUGUGCUAUGGCGGUGUCUGUGCCCAAGGGUCAGGGACGCAGCACUGCGUUCCCGUUUCCCCUCCGGCUCCGGGGUUUGCAUGGGAAAAUCCCUCUGUCAACUAUGCCGCUGGGCGAAGCGGCCUGGGGAGAGGACAGACGGACAGCGGGCAGCCCCACCCGACUCCCGGUCGGCCUCCCGGCCCCAGGCGUUACUCAGUGAUCACGGGUAAAGACCUACUGUUUCAAAA